CACGAGUGAGGACAGGUGCUUCGAGGUGAGAGUUUCGGAGGCGGAAACCUGCUGGUUCAGUAGUCGACAGUCGCUUCUUAUAAAUGUGUCGCUUCAUCUGGACUUUCUUCAAGUGCAGAGGACGAGGGGAGAUACUUUGGGAGAGGAAGAGAGAGAAAACUUUCUGCUGGAGGUGGGAGAUGUGAGCAGGCAGGUCACCUGGCUCGUGCGUAAAAUGGAUACUGCUGCAAGGCGUUAAAGGAUCGCUGUCACGGUUGUGCUCCACCACUGAAGAAGAAGAAGAAAAAGACGAGGAAGAAGAAGACACUGACUCUGUCCUCUGGAUCUUUAUCUCACUCAAAAGUGUGAUUCUGUUUUUCUUCUUACAGUUUCGAGUGUCCACGGCACCUGUUGUCGCGCAGCCAGGAUGACAACAGAAAGGUCCCCAUGGUGGAAGUCAUUCCUCCCAAAGAAGAAGAGCGGAGCUUCCAAGGACUCAAACCAACCCUUUGGCCCAGACUUUGACCCCUUCGCACAGAAGCAAAAGGAUUACGCAGCAGAAGCCUCCAAGAGUGCCAGCGACCAGUCCCAACAAGCGUCCAACAAGAGCUUCAGCGAUGACACCUACGACGACUCCCACCUGGAGUCGGUCUUCAACGAGCAGACGUGUCGCAGGACCAUGAAGGUGUCACGCUCGGGUCGGUGGAAGGAGAAGCGGAGGGUGCGCUCGAGCCUUCCCAUCGAGGACAAAGAGAAAGAUAGUGGGGCGACGGGGAAAGAGGAGAGACGGUGACCGUGACGAGGAAGAGGCGGUGAUCAAAGACUGCUUUGCAAUGAUGCUUGAAGGAAAGGAGAAGAGUUGAGGCGCGCCGAGAGGUGACGAUGAAGAUGAGAGGGAGCAUUCAACUUUGAGCCCAGUGCUGCAGGAGUUAGUUCAUCAUGUGGUACAUGAAAUAAUGGAAAUUUGGACUUUUUUGUGAAAGGACACAAUGAUAAAUGACUUGAAAUUACUUAUUAUUUGUUCCCCAUGAUGGUUUCUGAACCAUUCUGCCAACAAAAUCCCAUAAUCAUACCCAAACAGAAGACUAACAGCACUAAUACAGUAAACGAUUAAGAGCCUAAAGUGUAAUUAAUGUCCUGCAGUGUCUGUGUAUCCGUCACGGUCAGUGACGUUAACAGACAACUCCUUGAAUUACCUACGGCCUCUUCAGAAAGCUCCAUCCUCCAAUGCAAUUUCCUGUCUGAACCCCAGAUUAAGUGUGAAAUGCUCCCAGAAAAAUGCUGUUUCUAAGAUGUUUACACUGUUUCUUUAUUGAGAAUAAUGUAUGUUUGAUAAUGAAGGAUUACUAUAACGCUCUUUUUUGCAAAACAAAUGUUGAUUCUAAAAGGUUAGAAGUAUAUUUAUGAAGGUGUUAAGUGAUUUAUGUGUGGAAAAAAAAAGAAAAUCAGCUAGUGGAGGGAAAUUAAGGAUCACUCGCGAGUAGCUUUUAGUCGGAUUCAUGACACUUGCCAGUAAAAUGCUCUUAAACACUUUGAAUGAAGGAUGAAAUCCAGCCUGUGUGACAUAAUGGGUCAGAAACAAAGCUACUACUUACAAUGAAGUAUGAAACUACUGUUAGAAGCCGAGGCGUCUGAUCCAACCACUGAUGUAGUUUGCUUGUAUGUUUGGACCACCUGUGAAUUCUCAAAUGAAGAUGAAAAUAUGAUGAAUAAAUCUGGUAACUGUUA